AUGCGCUCAUCCAUCUUCUUACUGGGCGUGGCCCUCCCGGCAGCCCUGGCGCUGUGUCCUUAUGCACAGCAGCUGGCAGACACUAAGAGGACAUCCGUGCCCAUGCCGCACGACCAUCCCCCCGGAAAUAUAUCAUGCUCGGGCAGCAAAAAGGGAGUAUUUUAUAUGAAUCGCAUUGCCCCAGGCACGUCGAAGCUGUACAUUGCCAACACCGAUGGCUCCGACGAGCGUCUACUGCUCGGAGACAAGUCUGUGUUCGAAUAUCACGGCUCUUUUUCGCCUGAUGGAAAAUGGAUCUCUUUCACAUCUGAGCGCAACGGAGAUGGAAACUCGGACAUCUACCGUGUUCGAACAGAUGGAUCCGGUCUUCAGGAGCUGGUUGCAUCCCCUGCGGUCGAAGACGGUGCGGUGAUCUCGCCAAACGGGAAAUUUGCUGCCUACAUCAGUACCACCAAUGGUUAUAAAGCGAAUGUCUGGGUGGUGGAUCUGGAGACUGGCAAGAAAUGGAAUGUCACCGGCACUGCUUCAGCUCUUGCUGACCCCGAUUCACCCAAUGGCUAUUUCAAGCCGGCAUGGUCCCCAGACGGUCAAUGGAUUGCAUACAGCUCUGAUCGCAAUACUGGAUGGACUGGCCAUGGAGCUCAGACUUUUUUGGGCGUCGCUGGCUGGGAGCACACUCAGACCCUUUCUAUUUACGCUUCCCGACCCGAUGGGUCGGACUUCCGCAAGAUUGUUGGGAAAGAUGGCUGGUCCUUGGGCUCGCCCAAAUGGUCCCCUGAUGGCAAAAGAAUUAUCUAUUAUGAAAUGACUCUUGAAAACACCUGGAACUCGCACCGCCCCGGGUCCAUUGACUCUGCCAACUCCAGCAUUGUCUCAAUUGAUUUCGCCACGUGUACUGAUCGUCGCGUGGAGGCUCAAGGCGCCGGUGUCAAGAUCUUCCCUCAAUAUAUCAGCGAAAACAACGUCGCCUAUUUCUUGAAGGGCGUCAAUGAGGGCAUGUACAACACUCAGGGACUUUACGUCAACACUUCGUCAGUCACCCUGCGUUCUCCAUGCUGGAGUCCGGACGGAAAGAAAGUGGUAUAUGAGAAGACCGAGUGGAACAUUCGCCCCAUGGACACGCCGCUGUAUAGCUGGGACCCUGAGUGGGAGUACCGCUUCACAGAUGUGUUCCCUACACUGUCAAGGCAGAACAUGUUCGCCAUGACCCAGAAACAGCUUGGAAACUCCUCGGUGGUCAAGAUGAACGCAAACGGCACCAACACCGAAAUGGUCUUCAACGAUAUGAAAACCAAUUUCCUCGAUCCUACUUUCGUAGGCGAAGGACUGGCCGGUGCCUUCUCGCCCGGGUGGUCGACAGACGGAGAGUCGAUCGUAGUUGGCGUUGGGUUUUGGUUCCAAACUCGUGGUACGAACGGUGGCUGGCUUAUCAAGGCUGCGGCCGAUGGUUCGUCCUAUGAAGUUCUCACAGAAAGCAAACAAGACCUCAGUGCCAAUAGCACCGCCCUAAAUUCGGGCUUCCCUAGUUUUUCGCACGAUGGCAAGAAGGUUGUCUACCGCGUGUGGGGAUGGAACUCGACCCAAGGCCAGGAAUCCCAACUUGGCCUGCGCUUGCUCGACCUCGAGACGCGCAAGAUUACCGCCCUGACCAACGAAUGGGACAACCUCCCAUCUUUCAAUCUGGAUGAUAGUAAAAUCUUGUUUACCCGCAAGACCAGCCCGAGCAACUACGACGUGUGCACAAUGAACCCAGAUGGCACCAAUAUCAAGCUUCUAACCACCAGUGGCGCCAACGACGCGCAUGCCGUUUGGGAUCAUCGAAAUGGAAACAUCCUCUACUCGUCAGGAAUGUACGGAUUCCAGUACGAGUGCGCUCUGUAUGAUCAGACUUUCCAGCCCUACGGAAUGAUCAUGCAGAUGGACGCCGACGGGUCUAAGAAGAAACCACUGUCGGAUUCUAUUUGGGAGGACAGCAUGCCUCUGUUCGUGACGAAUGAGGAGUUGGAAAACAGUCCGAAGCUUUAG